AUGAAUGAGCAGACAGAACUGGAUCUCAUUGAAAGAAGUGAGCUUCGCCUGGCGUUAGCUUCGUCAAAUGAAGCCUUAGAAAAAUUCAUGGAUAUAUUUCUUACCCCUAUUAUCCUCAAGUUGGGCUCACCGCACGUUGCCGUUAGACAAGCAGUUUUAGGUUCGAUGAAGAACAUAAUGGCUAGAAUUACAUCCCUACAAAGCGUGCAAUUGCCAGCUGAAAAGCUUCUCGAACAGGUCAAGGAGCAGAUACAGAAUGAAAUGAGCGGAGGCUCUUCUGUAAGUUUGUAUUCGCUGGUCUUUUUGUCAAAGGCUGUGGACCGAAUGGAUGGAUCCGACUAUCACAAGGCUUUGAAGCUGGUACGAGACGUUAUGACUGGCAUUUCGACUCUCCCGAAAAUUUUGUCAGGCCGAAUGUUCCACAUAUGGUGUAAGCUCAUACUUCUGUGGAAUAAGUGCGGAAGGGAGGGCGCUGAGGAAGCGAACAUUCUGUCCCUCUUCAAUGAAGUUGGCAUCGAAGAUUUAGAAUUUUUACUUGAUAAAUGCGGUGGAUUUCUUAUGCUGAAGCCACUGCAACCACAAGCUGACUCGGCAAUUAUUCCUCGUGGUUACAGUUGUCGGGGUCUGUCUGUUGAAGAUACUGAAUUUUUCACCUACGAAGCUGGCGUCACCUUUAGCCGUGAGCAGCAUACAAAAUAUAAAACGGCGAUAUUUCAUUUCCUAACGACCUUUUCAUUUACCGGACCGCAUUAUUGGAAAUAUCUAUUGAUAGCAAGUGGUGAUCAGGCCAGGUUUUCUGACGAAGCUUUUGGACUUUUUAAAAAAGCUCAACCAGAUUUUGAGAAUCAUGUGUUCAUUGACGAUCUGCUCUCACUGUAUAUGGGUAGCACUGCAAAUGGUCGGCCGCCAGUUACAUCGUCGCUGCAAGAAAAGAUCUUGACGUCUUUUGUAAAAAGUCAAUACGCUGUGAAAGACUCUUCAAAGGUUCUACUACUUGCUUCUAUUGGGCUCAACUCCUCUGAAUUUAGUAUCAGGUCUCUUACACUAGCUCUCCUAAGGCAUGCUGCUGUUUUCAAUUGCGAAGCGCUGAGUUAUGUUGACGAAAGCAGCGACUUUUCCACAAAUAUCCCAUCUCUCAUUAGAAAUAACCUUCAUAACGAGGGAUGGCCAACAUUACACUUGGAUUCUUCGAUUCCAAACUUUUCCAUUUGUCUCGAAAAUAGAAAAAAGCAAUAUGAGACAUUAGGUAUUAUUCUCAGGAAGAACUUAUCUUUCGUGACAGAUCUUUCCUUCGUAGAAUUUCUUCUCGAGUCUCUGUCGAAAGAUUUGGAGGAAUUUAGGAUCUGUAUCCAAGAGGUUCUGUGCUCCUUAACACCAUUACUGCCAGACCUUCCACCGAAUUCAAAGCAGAAGCUAAAGACUAGUCUCUUUCAAAUUAUUUCAAGAGACUUCGGCGAGCUGGGCCACGAUGCUAAUGCUCCCAAGAGGGCGGCAAGUUUGCAUUUAGUAGCUAUCCGAUACGCAAACGCGACCUUCCCUUUCGAUGAUUGCGAUGCGCGUAUCAUUAACAUAAUGGGAACUUAUCACCUUGAAAGUCAACUAGUGAAGGAUGAGGCCGCCAAAAUGCUUCAACCUUAUUGGUUUCAUCAUAUGAAGUCGAUGGAGUCACAAAUCGUUUCUGCUCGCCGAAAUCCGGACCCAGGUAAUAACUGCUAUCCUAAAUUUGCGGUCUUCGUCGAGGCUCUUUUGAGAUACGUGAACGAUAAGCAUUCCCUGAUAUCUCAAAAGCUAUUCGGCUGUUUAACCCAUUCAAUAACGUUUGCUUUGCAUGCCUUGGCCGCACAAGCAAUCUCGGGAAAAGACACAGGUAUUGUUCAGGACGAAGAUUGGCCGACAAGAAUAGAAAGCGCGCUAAUGUGGGAUAUUCAAACCCUUGGUUAUAUUGAAGAAGAGCUACAGAUACUGCAACCAGAUAUUCUUUACGAUUUGGUGUCUUUUUUAAGCCAAGUGCUCUUGGGAGAUUUCUCGACGUCAAGUCUGGACAAUGCUUCUUUGGAGUCGUCUGCUUCAAUUUUGCUCUUGAUCACUAGACUGGACCGCGGACAUUCUGUAAAAAAAUUGCAUCAAUUUUCUACCGACAUUUAUCAGCGCAUGGUGUCCUUCGAAACCAUUUCAAGGGACCUCACUUUGAAUACUGCGUACCUGUAUUCCCUAGCCACGCAACCAAGCUUUGAACUCAUAAAUAACAUGAUUGAUGGGCUCAGGCAUAGGGAAACAUCUGAUAAUGAAUACAUCUCGAUGCUUUAUUGUUGCUCCUUUGCAGCCUCUCGACUACAGUUUCCUGCCAAUGAUGACAAAACUGCCGCUCUGUUGUCAGAUUUAGUCACCCUUUUAUUAGACAAUUUGAAGGUACCGCGCCUCUUUACCUGUUGCAUUGACUCUUUUUCUCAACUCUUGAAGUUUGAUUUGAUAAAGUUUUUACCUUUCCAAAAGAGAGAAGAGGUAGCUUCAAAGUUGUCUAAAGCUUUGAAACCUAGGCUUUUCCAUAGUCAUGGGGCGAUUUUAACAUUUUCAUAUCUUGUAUUUUGCCGCGCAGAGUCAUCUUGGGAAAAUACUUUGCUGAAUGAACUUCUUGGGCUCUGUCAAUCAAAAGAUUUGGAUAUCAUUCUGACAGCUGGCGAGGCCUUGACGGUUGUUGCCGCGGGGUGGAGUUCCGACUACCUUUUCUUGUCAAGUCAGGUCGAUACUGGGGAGUUAAGAGAAUUAAAAUCCCAUUGCUCUCGUGAGAGAGAAGACGUCGUUCUCAAUAGCAUUCUGGGCUUAUGUGGGGAGACUCAACCUCUCAAGCGAAAAGCAGGGUGCAUUUGGCUUUUUUCAUUUGUGAGGUUUCUAGGCAAACGCUGUGCUACGUUAUUUUCAACAAUACAUUGUGCGUUUAUGAAUUUCCUUGCCGAUCAAGAUGACGUGCUCCAAGAUAUGGCUAGCAGGGGAUUGGCAAUGGUUUACGAUAUGUCAUCUGUGGAUGAGCAGGAAAAUAUGAGAAAAGGAUUACUGCUCUCGUUCACCGAUUCCAAAGCUGCUAUGAAGCUAAUGUCGGGAACAACUUCUCACGAAACCCAAUUGUUCGAGACGGGACUUUUGAAAACCGAAGGCACUGAGUCCAUCUCCACAUAUCGGGAUAUCAUGAAUUUAGCUAAUGAAGUUGGAGAUCCCUCUCUUGUUUACAAAUUCCUUCCCCUAUCAAGAAACUCUUCUUUGUGGUCUUCAAGAAAAGGACUUGCGUUUGGUAUGGGUGCCAUCUUAUCACAAGGAUCGCUCGAGGAACUGUUAAGGCAAGAUCCCCUUUUGGCGAAGAAUUUGAUAUGCAAAUUAAACAGAUACCGUUUCGAUCCCAAUCAAAAAAUUUCGGAAAUCAUGGGUAAUCUCUGGGAAGCACUUGUCCCAAGCACAUCAAGUGCCAUUUCAAUGUAUUCCGACGAUAUCAUUCAGGAGCUUCUGGAAGGUAUGGGAGUUAAAGAGUGGAGGGUUAGAGAAGCCAGCACUGCUGCAAUUCAAAAUGCAUUGGAAAUCAUCGAUUCCACUUUAUCCCAUGAACGAGUUCAACGUAUAUGGACUAUGACUUUUAGGGUCAUGGAUGACAUCAAAGAAAGCGUACGACAGGCCGGUUUAAAGCUUGCAAAAUUUCUUGUGCGUAGGCUGGUUAAGAGUACCGAACAGGGCAGCAAGGAAAGCGCUUUGGGAAAUGAUAGUAUUCGGGAGUUGUUGCCUCUUUUUCUUGGGCCUAAAGGCUUAAACAGUGAUGCUGAAGAAAUUAGACAAUUCACUGUUGAAACUCUGCUGACACUCGUGAAGAAAUCAAAUUCUGCUAUGGUCCCAUACGCUCCAGAGCUCGUUUAUGAGUUUGUCAUGCUGCUGUCAGUGCUUGAACCCCAGAUUAUCAACUAUAUUGAGUUAAAUGCCGACAAAUAUGGUCUCCCGUCGUCUGUUUUACAAACGAAGAGAAUUCAAAACCUCAAAAGCUCGCCAAUAUUCGAAUCUAUCAUUCAGCUAAUUAAGAGCGCAGGCGAAAGCGGAAUGGAGCCAUUAAUCGAAAAUGUCAUCAAAGCUACAAAGCAAGCUGUGGGUCUUCCUUCAAAAGUAGGAAGCUCGAUGGCAUUGUCACUGACGGUCGAACAGUAUUCUUUGCAGCUUUUGGAGUACAGUGGGCGCCUUCUCAGGUGUUCAUACAACGGGAUGGAAGACAGAAGUAGUGUUGUUGCAGCUUCUUUUGCUGAAUCCUUUGGCAAAACAGCGAAUAUUGCAACUUUGAAGAAGCUUCUUAAAUACUGCGCAAAACUCUCCGAUACAUUCUUUAAACUCGAAGAAAGUGAAGGGAAAAAAACCAUAGGCCUAGCGAUCGAGGCCGUGAUGAAAUUUGCCCCUCAGCAGUUCGAAAGAGCCGCUUCUAUUUUAAUGCCACUUGUUUUUGUUGCCAAGAAUGAUGACAACAAGUCCAAUGAAUUGUUCACUGAGUUGUGGAAUGAUGCUUCGACAACUGGUGCCGGUACGCUCAAACUCUAUUUGAAAGAAGUUAUAUCUCUAAUCUCGGAAAACAUCAAUUCCCCAAUUUUUGCGACUCGGUCUGCUUGUGCGAGAAGUGCGUGUGAAGCCUGUGAAGUAAUUGACGAAAGCACGUCAGUAUCAACUGUCGGUGAGCUCUAUGAGGCUCUUAUGAUAUCCUUAAGUGGCAGGUCAUGGACUGGAAAGGAAAUGGUAGUCAAAGCCUUAGUGACCCUCUCAUGCGCGCACCACGAACACUUUAAUAACGACCCGAAUUUGAAAAAAAAAGUCGAGGACCAGCUCUUGACAGAAUUGAGUCGUAAAAACCUUUCAUAUGUCCAUUACAUUGUCCUAGAGGUUGCUCCUUAUAUCAGGCACUAUCCCGGAAAUGAGUUAUACAACAAACUGAUUGAAGCGGCCGGUAAAGUUUUAGUUUUUAUCGACAAUGGCGAGCUGGAAGAUCUAUCUGAUGAUGAACAAGUAUCUAAAAGGCCAAGAAAGCAGUCAGAGAUUACAAAAAAAUCGAGCGACAAAAACAUCACGAAUGAAACACUCAAGGUCAGUCUUUUGAGAAAUCUGGCUCAAUCCAUUCAAGUAGUUGAUGAAAAUGUUUCCAGCUUAGCGCUCUUUAAUUUUGUUACUGAAAACAGUCGAUGCCUACUUCAGUCCUCAAAUGUGAUCCACACUUGGCGAACUCAAGUUGCCAUAAACGAAAUAGGUUUGGCCUUAAGCAAAAGCGGAGGACCAACUGAAACAUUGUCUAAAGGGCUUGAAAUACUUUGGACUGCUAUCGCUACGGAGAUUGAAGCUAACGAAACGAUUGAGAACGUGAAGAUAAGUUUCAUUAGAUUUAGCAAAGCACUUAAAGACGGAUUUCCAGCGAUUGCCGAUGAAAUCGAUAUUCGCGUUAAUCAUAUAUUCCGCGGUCAAAACUCCUCUAUAUUAAACGUCGAACUCCAGAAUGCGCAGUUCUCAAAGUGA